AUGAAGUACCCACAACACUUAGGGUACUAUGAUGGGAAGAGUGAUCCGGAUGACUUUCUUAAAAAGUUUAUCGGAGCAGCCCUAAUCCAGAGAAAGACCCACAUCACUGUGCACAACAUCAAGCAAAAAGAAAAUGAAAAGACGAGAGAUUUCAUUGUAAGAUACACGAAUGAGACACAGCAAGUACGGGGACUAGCAGAAAGCCAAAGAAUCUCAGGACUCAUACAUGGGCUACGCGCAGUAGAGCUCAUUGAACACCUGAGCACAAACUUACCCGAAACUUACGACGGGUUAACAAGCAAAGCUCACAUCUGGCUAGAUGCUAGGGAAACAACAAGUGACUCCUCCAUAGGAAGAAAGCGGAAGGAAUACGGAGGCAAUGGAAGGUUUUCUUGCUACGGGCGAGAAGACAACCAAUGGGGCGGUAGAGAGAAAGAUAGCGGAAUUGAUAUCUUAUCUAACCUCACCAAAACCACGAAGCAAAUCCUCCUCACAGAGCGAGUCGCUUCAAGCUUCCCGACCCCGACAAAGCUCAUCACUAAUAAGAAAAACAUGGAGAAGUACUGUGAAUAUCACUGGGAUCAUGGACAUGAUACACACAGCUGUAGGAAUUUAAGACGGGAAAUAGAAGAAGCUGUGGAGUCCGGAAAGCUGGACCACCUUAUUAAAGGGAUCAGGCAAGCAACCAGAAUUAAGAGCGAACUGGACAAGCCUGAAAAAACACCACCGGCACAGAUCCUCACAAUACGGUCCGAACUACACAGGGAUCCCCCGCAAGAGCAACUGUACCAGUUCUCUUCGCUGAAGGAUAUCAUCCCUUCUAGUGAACUGAUCAUGAUCAAAGCCAAUAUCGGGGGACUAAUGAUGAGGAACGUCCAAAUAGACGGUGGUAGCGAAUGUGAUAUCCUCUAUGAGAAAUACUUCUCCGAAUUACCAAAAAGUAUUAGAGAAAAGUUACGCAAGGUAGACAGGCCACUGAUAGGAUUCGCAGGAGAACGGACAUGGCCUAUCGGAGAACUCCGGACAGAAGUCACUAUUGGAGAAUACCGAAUUGGAAAACAGAAAAAAUAA